CAACACCUACAGCACACACACCAUUCCUUAGAGAAGAAGUAGCGAGUCAACAGACAUUAAAGAUCAGAAACAGGAUAGCUUUCUUUCUAGAGGACCAAGCUGAAGGGAUAAAGUGUUAUUUGCAAUGAACAUCCUGGGUCAUGUGGUCAUCCUGCUUCUGUUGGGGGAAGCAGUUUCCCAGAACAAGCGCAAUUCAAAGUCCAACAGCAAGGUACCAAAUCAGGGCAAGAAGACAUUGAACCCUGCUGGUGAGCCUGGACCUGUGGCAUCCAACGAUGAGACCUUCCCUGUUGAAUCCUCAUCAGUGGAAGACAGUAAGGACACCAUGGUCUACCAGUUAGCAAAUUCGAAUGAUGACAUGAAACUCUAUUACCUGAAGAACACUCAAGUAACCUGCAACGACGGAACAACAGCCGGGUUUUACCUCAGGGAGCACAAAGGGAGCAGACGAUGGCAGAUAUUUUUAGAAGGUGGUUGGUGCUGCUACAAUAAGGAGACCUGCGAUUCCAGAUACAAAAAUAUCCGGCGCCUCAUGAGCUCAUCAGAAUGGCCACAAACACGGAAAGGAAGUGGAAUUCUUUCAGCGCAGUCUGAAGAAAACCCCCAUUGGUGGAAUGCGAACACAGUAUUUAUUCCAUACUGCUCGAGCGAUGUGUGGAGUGGAACUUCGUCUAAGUCUCGCCAAGGAAAGGAAACAGCUGAAUAUGCCUUUAUGGGAUCCCUGAUCAUCCGGGAGGUGAUUAAAGAUCUAGGUCCCAAGGGUAUUAAACAAGCCAAGGUGGUCAUGCUGUCCGGAGCAAGUGCCGGAGGUACGGGAGUUCUGCUGAACAUUGAGAAAGUUUCCAGUCUCAUGGAGCAGCUUGGGGCAGAUGCACAGGUCCGGGGAUUGGUGGAUUCUGGGUGGUUCUUAGAGAGUAAACAGCAACGAAUCACUGAAUGCUCUGAUACUGCCUCCUGCACUCCUACAGAUGCCAUUAAAAAAGGGCUCAGAUUAUGGAAUGGUAUCACCCCAGAGAAGUGCCGACAGCAAUUCAAACGAGGGGAAGAGUGGCAGUGUUUUUUUGGACACAAGCUGUAUUCAUCUUUAAAAUCCCCUGUGUUUGUUGUUCAGUGGCUUUUUGAUGAGGAGCAAUUGAGAGUUGAAAAUAUUCAGCUUGGAAGCCAUUCCCUAACCGAACAUCAGUGGACCUAUAUCCAGAAUCUAGGCAGGGAACUGAAAAACUCAUUCCAAGAUGUGGCGGCGGUCUUUGCUCCAGCGUGUCUGUCUCACACAUUGAUUACUAAAAGUAAUUGGUUGGCGUUUCAGGUGAAGGGGACAUCUCUCUCCAGAGCACUGCAGUGCUGGGACAAAAGCCUUCAAGACACCAGUAAGAACACCAAGACAACAGUCAAGGGCUGCCCCUUCCACCUCAUUGAUAACUGCCAGUGGCCCCAGUGUAACCCCACCUGCCCUGCCUUGCUUGACCACACCACGGGCCAGGAGGUCAGCCUGCUACAAGUUCUGAUGGGGAUGGGUCUUGAUCUCCAGAAGGUAGCACAGGAGCUGAAGAUGGAAGUUAGUCACCUGCUGGGGAUGAUCAGUAACGGGGGCUAAGAAAGAGCUGGUGGAAUAGGAAGCACUGCUAAAUUCAAUGUUAUUGUAGUGGAACACAAAUUAUCUAAUCUGUAGGUUAGGUGGGGUGACCUUUGGGGACUGAAUUAGCAAGGCACUUAAAACAUUUACAGCUAUAUAAGACAAUUACUUCCGUUCCUAGUUCCUCUCUCAUUAACAUUCUGCCCUCAUUGUAAGACUAUAAGGGAUUUACAGCUCAAUAAAAAAAAUGUCAUUAUAUCGCUGUGCAUAGAUCCUGUUAUAGUUUUCUGAAGUGGGUGGGCUGUUGCCAUUGUUCCACGUCACUUCUAAAUUUAACUUACUCACUGCCCUGCUACUGAUUCUUCAUUUUAUUUAUAUUAAGUGAACAUGCCCCCAGUGCUUGGGAGAGCCUACUUUUCAGAAAUGUUGACCACUUUCACUAAGAACAGCUGGGGCACAUCUGUUGACCACUUUAGGAAACCCAUAGCUGUAUGUUUGAAACAAGGACAAUGAGUUUGCCAUUGUCACUGUGGGUUUCAGUGUGCCAGAAAUGUCAAACUAGAAGGUCUUCACUAUGGGAAUAUGAGGGAAUACAAGUUUUUGUACACUGGUUAACUUUUUUUUUUAUGACAGGACUUCAAAAGAAAAAAAUGAAUAAAGCUAUAUAACCAAAUUGCCUCAAUCAAUAGGCUGUCUGCCCUGUGUUGGGAUGUUACAGUACACAAGACAGAUAAAUGUGAAUCAUCGAGUGUGCUGUAUUAAAACCUGAUAGCAUCCCUUAAGGACAGAUGUUGUUAUAACCUCUGAAUAUAUUCUUCUAUAACAGUAUGUUAACUUAUUUAGUUUUUAUAUUUAUAAUAAUGCUAAUAUAGUGUUUGUUAAUUUACACUAGCUGCUUCA